AUGGAUAUCCGUUAUCCAGUAAGAAAUUAUAUAGUUUUUCCAGGGACUCCAAGCGUAAAAUAAGCUUUCAGUGAUGCGUUAUACAUGUUAUUAUGCACUCAAUUUUAUAUGCGACUAAGAGUAAUUUUUCUUACAUUAUAACUUAACUCGCAAAACUUUAUUUUGUUACAGGUAAACAGUGAGGAGUAAAUUUAUUUUUGAUUCUGUUACUUACAACUAUUGUAAUAGUCGAACUGAUUGUUCUAAUUGAACAAAUAAUCAAAGUUUGAAACUGAUUCUUGAAUCGAAACAGUUCAAUGUAAAAUGGAUUGAUGAAUUCUUUACACGACUUUACGUGAGAGGCUAAAACUACAAAAACAUUGAAUCAAUGGAUUCGAAGAAGAAUAGUACCGUCUGUUGAAUAUCUGAAACAGGCUUUGAUAGAAAUAGAUUGAAUGCACAGUUUACUUAAGCGUCUGACUAGUCAAUGCAAAUCGUCAACGUAGUUUUUUAACUAUAAAAAAAUGAAAUGUUUUUAAUUUUAAAAUAUAAAAAUGAACUUUUAUCAUUCAGUUAUUCAAUCUUAAAAUAUUAAAUUGACAUUAAUUAACAUUUUUUUCAAAGACAUUAAUAUUUAUUUCACAAUUUAUUUCCAUUCUGAAAAGAAAAUUCAAUCUCCAUUGAGACAAAUCCAAUUCACUUAUUCAUCCACUUAAAUAAUUAAAAUCUGUCCUUUAAAAAAUAUUUGAAAUAUUAUCAGAUUCAAAAUAUUCAAUAAAUCCCAUUAUAAUGCUUAACAAAUAUUAUCUAAAAUUUACAGGUGACGUGCCAGGAUGAAGACAGCACUCAAUGCAUGCCAAAACAAGUUUUCCUAGCUCUAUUGCGCCAUCCGGAAGUUAGUUCGAAUUUAGCUGCUUAUUCUAGAGCAGCAAGAGUAACUGGCGAUGCAAAAAGUCGCAACGAUAUGGCACACCUGAGAGCUCUGACCGAGGAAGGCGACGACUCGGAGAUCUGCGUACCUGGUCGCGUUUAUUUGCAACUGUUGAAGGAUCCUGUUGUACGUGGCGAUCUCAGCAUUAUUCUUAAUGGAAGAACACAGAAGUUACCGGAUCUCCUGGGACGUUUGCUCGAUGAUAGCGAUGAUAUAGACGCGAGAGAAUUCUCGCCCGAAUCUCAGAAAAGAAGCCUGGCAACGUUGGCUAAGAACGAUGAUCUACCAAUUAGUAUUCACGAUCGUGUUGUUGAAAAUGAAGAUGAUGAAGAGAAGAGGGCUGUAAUUUCGAGCGAGCAAUCAGAGCAAAAUGAUUAUCUCCUACCAAGUCGUUCAGACCUACAAGCUUUCACACGAGAUUAUCUAAUGGAGAAACGAAACGUUGGCACUUUGGCUCGAGAUUUCGCAUUGCCACCUGGUAGACGUAACAUGGCGUCGCUGGUUCACGAUUACGAUCAGAGUAAGAGUAAUAAUAAAGAACCUAUGGCACCUUACAAUGGAAAAAGGAACGUCGCUUCCUUGGCGAGAACGUUUACUCUGCCUCAAAAUGGGAAAAGGAACAUAGCGUCCGUAGCCAGAGACUAUGGACUUCCUUAUGGGAAAAGAUACGUCGGUUCUCUAGCUAGAACAGGCGAUUUUCCUGCCAGAAAUCAAAGGAGUGUCUCAUCUUUGGCUAAAAAUUCCGCUUGGCCAGUUUCAUUGAAGAGAGGUGUUCUCCUACCCGGAAGCGUGAUUCUCAGGACCCUCUCCCGCCAUGGUAGAUCGAUGACGGACGAAAUGAACGCGAGGAACGACCUGUUGGAUCUUCAGGAACUGAAUAAUCUGGAACAGAAUCAGGGAAACGAUUACGAAACAGUGGAGGAGAAGUUGAACGAUUCGUUGGCGAAAAUUGAGUCGAACGUUAGGAGAUCUAAAAGACAGAUUGGAUUCUCCGAUGAGUACCCUCUGCCUGUCUUGCAGAAUACGAAUGUUUUUGAUUAUGAAGAGAUGAUGGAGGCACUCAAUGGACAAUACCCGAAUGCAGAGAAGAGGGAGAAUCCCGCAGAUGGGACCUCGUCCGACUACUCCUCCAACACGUCAAGGUCGCUAAGACCUAACUUCAAUCCAAGGGCACGCUACAUUCAAGCCUUGCACGAGGAUUGUCGACACGGCUUCGAAAGGUUUCUUCCCUUACCGACUAUGGGUUCAUUGAGAUAUCUCGAGACUGUUCGAAACAAAACUGAACUCAGAAGGAUUACCAAGAAAAUGGGCGGAGAUCCAGAGAAUUUUUUACAAGAAAAACGAAAGCCAUCAUGCGCAAUGAAACGUCGAUCGAUAAUCUGACUGACUUUCACCAGUGCCCAUGCAAUCAUCGUCCGUUAAAAUAUGCCGCCCACGCUUCGAUGAUAGUUCAACUGAGCGUGUUGAGAAUAAUCGUAGCCCUGAUCGUACCAUUCCGCCACCGAUGCAGAAUUCCCAGUACUAGAGGACGAUGUAGCAGCAUGACUUGCGUGCGAGGAAUGCUGAUGACUCGAGUGACUCGACGUGUAUUCACUUUGGAAGUGAUUGAACUGUCCCCAACCGAGUUGCGCCCUGGACCAAUCGGUGUUGCCUGAAAUUUGGACGAAUGUCGUUGUUUAUUAUCGCGCCUCGACAAGAACUAAAAUCACGGGGAAGACAAAAUAUUAACAACACUUCAAUAAUGUAAUAUAUCCAACUGACCAGGGUUAUGAGAGAGAGUAGUUGGUACCCCGUGUGCUGCAGGAGGUUGAAUCGUUGGUACCUGCCCCAGUUGCAUCGUGUGCCCCUGUAAGGAACUUAGAUGUCCUGAAAUCGACACCGCAUGUCCUUGAAGAGCACUGCUGAUCGUGGAAGGCACUUGAGCCACAGACGUGGUGUUUGAUAUCUGUGCAUUGUUCCCUGGGACUUGAUGAACAGUUGCACUUGCUUGUUGCAAUGUCGUUGGACUAUGAUGUAACGUGGUUGGUACUUGAGUUAUUCCGGGUGGCAUUUGAGGUACGUGUGGUAUUUGUGCAAGCUCAUGGCUCGCGUAUUGACAAGGUGUCAAUGGUAAUCCCGCUACCGAGUGAGCUAUGCUUCCUGCGUGUUUUCGUAGUCGUGCUCUGCGAUUGCUGAACCACACCUGAAAUGAUUAUAAAUGUUUCAGUUAGUUGAGAUAUUGAGUAUCUAAUACAUUUUAUUAUAUUGACGGAGUAUUCAGUUUUUGAACGUAGAAUAAUUUUAUAUUUUGAAACACAGUGGUGACUGGGUCGGAUUUUUGGAAUUGAAACAUUUCCAUACUGAUUUUAAGAUUCUCUCUCAGUUCCAUUAUAUAACUCAAUCUAAAACAAACGGCUAACUUUCACUUGAAUCUCUUUCAAAGUGAAUUAUUUAUUUCACACAUGUCAGGCAUUGUAUGGUUGAAUACAUACUGUAGUAGAUGUUGACGUUGAAAGGAUUAAUUGAUGGGAUACUCGACAAAUGACGUAAAACUCACUUGAAUUCUUGCUUCUGUGAGGCCAGUCCUCUGAGCUAAUUCCUCUCUUGCAUAAACGUCCGGAUACUGAGCACGCUGGAACGCGGUCUCCAGUUGUUCCAGCUGUUCUCCGGUGAAUGUCGUUCUGCUUCUUCGUUGCUUUCGCUUCAAAGGAAUGCCAGGUUCACUCUCUGUAUCGGAUUCAUCGCCGCAACGACCUAUGGAUCGUCGAAUUAUUCUUAUUAUCUUAUUUACCUUAAGUUACGCGAAUUAGUUUCGAGUCAUGACACGCUUUUAUGGUUAAUUAAUCACGUUUAAUUAAUGGAAUAAAUGAUACAGCUAUUCUGUCAAGUAUUUGAGAAUAAGAUGCUGCCUGUGAAUUUUCUGACUCAGUAGUUAAUUAAUUGGUUAACUGAUGAUCAAUUGAUUAGUUGAUUAACAGAUUGCGGAUAUUUAUGUCAAUCUACAAUUUUAUGAAGAUAAAUGUAGGUAGAAUUUAUGAAGAUAAAUGGAAGAUAAAUGGUUUUCAUUUAUUGAACAUUCUGGACAUUUUAUACAUUUUUAUGUAUUACGUAUUUCAAAUUCGUACUCCGGUGAUUAGAUUAAAAUUUGGAUAAUUCACGGAUUCAGAGAUUAUGGUAAAUGUUCCCGCAACCACUCAAUUUUGAACUUCUCGAUAUUAUGUGAGUUAGAUAAAAGAUGUUAACUGACAAACAAGUGUUUUUCAUUUUCUUCUAUUACAUGACUCUUUUACUUUUAAUUUAACAAUAGAUUUUAUCUGGUAUUUACAAUCAAUCAUUCCAAUACAUUGAAUUCUCACAAAUCUCUUUCUGAAACAUCUCCCUGGAAGUCUUCCUAGAACUGGAAGAUCCUCAUUAACAAUCGAUUCUAACGCAAUCGCGUAAAAAUUUCUCCUUUCUUCAAAAACUUCUCCUUUCAGCAGCCCAAACCAGAUGCACAACUGAAAACAUUCGAGAUGUCUUUUCUUUUUGCAUUCGAUACUCGAACCAAUCUGCCGAUUUUUAUAUCCUCUUACUGGUCAUUGUACCGGUGAUUCUUAAACUAUCUUCAAAUAUCCUCUUCGUAUUUAUUUGACCAAAUAAUAGGAAUACAAACAGCUCGUGCGCCUGUUUCUCUGAAUGGCGGUAAAAGGCACAAGGAUGUAUAUACACCUUUGUAAUAAUAUAUAACAAUGUACAGCUCACGAAAUAAGCCAAUAAGGAUGACCAUCGCGAUCGUUCGGGGUAAGAACAGUCUGCUCCUAAGUCGACUCUCUAUUGUAUCACUUAGUGUCCAUUAUCGUUCAAUCGAGCGUCCAGAAACGAGACCAUUGUGAGAUCGAGGAUUUCACUUCUGUCUUUCUUUACUUCUUUAUCUUCUCUUUACUUUACUUUCUUUUUUUUUUUUUU